UGCACCCUCAUGCAUGCAUGUGUGUGUGUGUGCAGAAGAAGAAGCCCCCUCUGCAGGCAGGCAGGCAGCAGCUCUCCGGCUCUCUGUACAGCAGGCGCAGUGUGUGAAGUGUGUGCAGCCUGAAUGGACUAGAUUUCCCAGCCACGUAAGAAGCAAAGAGAGAGAGAGAGAGAGAGAGGAUGUCCUGCUGAAUCAAGGGAUAGGCCUGGGAAAGUCUACCGGCCGUCCCUUCCUUCCUUUCUUUACAGCAUUAAACAGCAGACAUACAAGAUACUUUGUUUCCAUUUGGACUACUAGACCAAGAGGACGUCGACGACUCUCCGCAACACACAAAGAGCUGCAGCUUUAUGGGCUUUUCUCUGCUCUCGGUGGUAGAAGACAGUCACCGUGCCGUGCAUGGAUAUAUGUGAUCCUGGAGAACACUAGGCCGUCGCACUGACCUGGAAGGAAGCUAACUAGUUAGCUCUGCACCUGCUAGCCAGUCCAUUUGUCUGUCUGCUUAAAGCUAUAUUUAGCUUUUGCAAAAAAACUUGCUUUGUAUAUUUUUUUUUUUUCUUUCGUGUGCAUGCAAAAGCUGCAAUAUUGUUUCCAUUUUUACGAAACGUGCCAUUAACAAUUUAAACCGGUGAGAUAAGCUAGCAGACAUACAAGCUGCUGCUGCUGCAGGUUUAACUUCGCCUCAGCCUUUCAUUCAUUGUAAAGCUCACUUAUAGGUCUCCUUUGUUACCAGUAGCUAACGUUCAUGAAAUUGCAGCAGGUUUUUCAGUGGACUUGGAGUGAGUAAGUCAGUCAUUUUUUAGCCUGGCCUUAUCUCCUUGAAUGGAAAACAAAGGGGUGCAAAUGAACAGCUGAACUCUGCAACACAUACUACCUUUUGUGUGCAUGAACACCAAGGAGCCAGCUUUGCCACAUUAUCCUGCAGCAAGGUGCAUUUAAAUUUUUUUUUUUUUUUUUUUGUAUUCAACAUUUACUAAAGCAUUUGUGCUUUUCCAACAAAAGUGGUGCACCUAAUCCAGGAGGAAAAGAAGAAGAAGAACAAGAAGGCCCCCCCAUCCACCAUCCUCCUCCCCCUCUCUCUGAUUUUGUGGAGUUAUCCCACUUUAAUUCCUCAUGAACAUACAGAGGUCAAAUCCAAUUAACAUUUCACGUUAUGGCAGAUCGAGGCACAAAUCGCACGAUUUUGAAGAAUUGUCUUGCUUGAGGACUACCGAGUCGCACCAGAGCUUCAGCCCCAACCUCGGCUCCCCCAGCCCGCCGGAGACCCCGGACUCCUCGCACUGUAUCUCCCGCAUCGGGGACUACCUUUUGUUGGAGCCGCUGGAGGGAGACCACGUUUUCAGAGCCGCCCACCUGCACAGCGGGGAAGAGCUCGUAUGUAAGGUUUUUGACAUUGGCCGAUACCAGGAGUCACUGGCGGCCUACUUCGCCCUGGGCCAGCACCAGCAUAUUAACCAAAUCCUGGAGAUCUUGCUCGGGGAGACUCGAGCCUACGUGUUCUUUGAGAGGAGCUAUGGCGACAUGCACUCUUUCGUCCGCACCUGCAAGAAGCUGCGGGAGGACGAGGCUGCCAGACUCUUCUAUCAGAUAGCCUCGGCUGUGGCACAUUGCCACGACAACGGACUGGUCCUCCGCGACCUCAAACUGAGGAAGUUUGUCUUCAAGAAUGAGGACAGAAGCCUCGUGAAGCUGGAGAGCCUCGAGGACACAUAUAUCCUGGACGGUCAUGAUGACUCCUUGUCAGACAAACAUGGCUGCCCAGCCUAUGUCAGUCCCGAGAUCCUCAAUGCCAACGGCAGCUAUUCGGGGAAGGCAGCUGACGUCUGGAGCCUGGGCGUCAUGCUUUACACCAUCCUCGUGGGGCGCUACCCUUUCCACGACGUCGAGCCGGGCUCUCUGUUCAGCAAAAUCCGCAGGGGCCACUUCAACAUCCCCGAGACGCUCACACCCAAGGCCAAGUGCCUGAUCCGCUCCAUCCUCCGCCGGGAACCCGCAGAGCGCCUCACCUCUCGGGAGAUCCUGGAGCACCCCUGGUUCGCCUCCUCCGGAGCACUAGGGGGCGCCGCGGUGCACGGCAGAGGAGAGCGAGAGCAGGAGCAGAUGGUGCCUGAGGUGAACAUGGAAGAGGAGCUGGAGCAGUUCUUCAGCUGAGCAAAAACACCAAGCACAAAAAAACGGACGACUCCGCCACGGUCGGCUCGCCAACGCUCACACAGCGGAGCCAAAAAACAGUAGUUUAGAGAUUAAUAGGUGAACAUUUGUCACUCAUAAUAAAGGUGUUUCCAUCCUGUUUCCUUUUUCCACCAUUUUCAUGGAAAACCUUGAGCCUGGCAUGACAAAUGGCAUCUAUACGUCGCCUGGCGACGCGAGCUCCCACUCGGGGACGCCGCUGCCGCCAGACAUGCAAGUUGCAAACAAUGUAGCAAAUGUUCUUUUUUUGGAUCUGUUUGGUUUAAUGUGGUGCUCAUAAAAGUAGACACAUUCACCAUUUUUGACACUAUGGAAAGCAUGAAGGGACAUAAAGAACACAGGAAACCAAGGAGAGCAAUUCAAAGUGAACUGACAAAGUGCAACACCACACCUUUUCUUACAGAUUUUUUUGUUUGUUUUUUUGUCAUAGCUUUAGGUGGUACCAAUUUAAAACCACAGACCCAGGGUCAGGAAUCACAACCCCAAGUUCUAUUGUUAAACAAAUACACGGUGAUUAUAUCUGACCUGGGACCAUUGGUUAAUAAAUGGAGCAGCUUAGGCUUUUUCUCAUCAUCAUCAACAUGGUUGGCGUCGUCUUUGUUUCAUGGUUCAGUUUUGUUUCGUCGUCUCAUUUGUCUCCGUUUAUCGAUAAUUCUGACAUAGUCACUAAACUCCUUGAUGGCCUUGUUUUCAGUCAUUUGUAUGUUUCUGCCUCAUCUUUACCACACUUCAUUCACCACCACACUUUUUAUUUUUCAGCAACAUUACUUUCAGUCAUUUAUUUGUUUUUAAGCUAUUCCACUGUGUUGUUACUGCUGCUUUAAUAUCACUCCCUAAAACCUCAAUCUUAAAAACAGUUCUGUCUCCAAACCCUGGCAUCAUGCACUUGAUGUGUUGUGUGAAUGGACGAUUCCACCUCCUAAAAAAAAAAUUAGCUUCCUCUUAUUUAAAUUCUUCAGUUGUAGGAACGAGAACGUAACAUUUAUUUAAAUUGUAACAGCUAUAUAUAUAUUAUAUAUAAAUAAAUAUAAAUAUAUAUAUUUAAAAACUACAUUGCAGGGUUUUUCUUUAUUCAGAGAUUCCUUUUUCAUGUAUGAUGUAGGCAAUAUCUUGACACAGGACAGACGCAGAGAGGAAAAUGUCUGUCUGAAGUUUUUUGGAAUACACAAUAUCUUCUGUGCCAGUAUUCCGGUGCCCCCGACAGCCCACGCCACCCGGUCUCCCUCAUUUCUUUUUAAAAACUUGAUACGAGAUAUUCAGUGAUAGUAUUGCUAUGAACAUGUUCACUCCAGGACCCCCAUGUUAGUUUUCUACUGCCUGCGUAGGUUCUGUGAAACGGUCAGAAUGGGUACCAGUGGACAUGUUUUGUCGUAUCUCAAUGUUACUUGAAUUUGUGUUUUUAUCUAGUCAUCGGCAUGUGCCCCAUGAAUGCUAUAGCCUGCCUAGCAGGGAGGGGAAGGGUGGGGGGGAGGAGGGUGCUUGUUUUUUAAGAAAAGUUAAAAACAUGAAAAUUCUCAAUUUGCUACUUUUCUGAGUUGCUUUUCAAUAAAAAAAAAAAAACUAUUUGCUUUUAUUGUUUUUGUAGACUGAGCUACCUUUUAUUUAAGUUGGUGCUGAUUUUGGUGCUAAUGUUUUAGUCCUCUUUUGUUUCAUGGAGGGGGGUGGUGCAUGGUGGGAUAUCUGCCUCAGAUGUUCUGAUUGUAUCGUAACAGAUUCUGGUGUUUUGUCCAAAUUUAUUCAGUAAAUAAAUUGUGAACUGCUA